CUAUCAGAUCUCGCCGACUUAGAAUGGCAUACCAUCACGACCGACGAGCUCCUCCAACGUAUGAACUUAUCCCUCAAAGACGGCCUCUCCGAAGAACAAGUAAGAAUCCGCCAGCACCGCUAUGGAAAAAACGCACCCUCGCCACCACCGACCCAUCAUUUCAAGACCAUCGCGGGAUAUUUCUUCAAGGGAUUCGGAUCCAUCCUCCUCAUCGCGGCUAUCCUUGUCUUCAUCGCCUGGCGACCCCUAGGCGACCCUCCUGCGCAGGCGAAUCUUGCCCUUGCCAUCGUCCUGGUUGCCGUGUUCCUCAUCCAGGCUGGGUUUAACAUGUGGCAAGACUGGUCUUCGGGCCGCGUCAUGGCCAGUAUCAAGAACAUGCUGCCUGACGAGUGCCACGUCGUUCGGGACGGCACGCAGAGGACACUGUUUGCAAAUGAUUUAGUUCCUGGUGAUGUCCUGCUGGUCAAGGCUGGGAACAAAUUACCGGCAGACGUGAGGUUUACACAGGUCUCGUCGGAUGCGAAAUUUGAUCGGUCUAUUCUUACUGGAGAAUCGGUGCCCCUCUCAGCCGCAGUCGAUUCGACAGACAAGAACUACCUGGAGACGAAGAACAUUGGUCUCCAAGGAACACACUGUGUCUCGGGAACAUGCACUGGCGUCGUUGUUGCCACAGGGAACCGCACCGUGUUUGGCAGAAUUGCCAAAUUGACAAGUGAACCUAAGACUGGCAUGACUACGCUUGAGCGUGAGGUGCUGAACUUUGUCUUGAUCAUAUGCUCGAUCAUGGCCAUUAUGAUCAUCAUCGUCUUGAUACUUUGGGCCGCGUGGCUGAGAAAAGAGCAUCCAGACUGGAUCAAUGUCCCCACGCUCAUCGUCGACUGCGUCUCCGUGGCUGUGGCUUUCAUCCCCGAGGGCCUCCCGGUAGCCUUAACGGCGAGUCUGACAAUCAGUGCCAAUAUGAUGCGCAAGAACAAGAUCCUGUGCAAGUCCUUGAAGACUGUCGAAACUCUGGGAUCAGUAUCCGUGAUUUGCUCAGACAAGACCGGAACUCUGACUGCGAACAAGAUGCAGGUCAAGGAAUGCUGUCUGGGCCUCGAGAAGAUGACAGCAGACGCAGCACGAGACAUGCUCGUCGCAGAGCGCAACACGGCUGGCAGGUUCGCUGGCAACGCCAUCGACCAGCUGCGCACCAUAGCAGGGCUCUGCAACUCGGCCGAGUUUGAUUCUCAGACUCGAAGACUGCCCUUGGCCGAGCGCAGGAUCCACGGGGAUGCGACUGACUCUGCCAUUCUCCGCUUUGCCGAGUCUCUUGGCCCCGUCUCGGAGCUGAAGAGGUGCUGGCAGACAAAGUUUGAGCUUGCCUUUAACAGCAAGAACAAGUUUAUGAUCAGGGUGCUGGGGUUGACGCAUCCUGAUGGCCUUGAGGAUGCAGUUCCUAUGGAUACAGCCUCCAUGUUUGAGCCUGGCGAUAUGCUUCUUACUAUCAAGGGCGCCCCUGAUAGGCUUCUCGACCGUUGUAGUCGCUACAUUGGCAGGACUGGAGCAUCGCACAUCCUCAGCGACACGACAAGAGAGCAAAUCGAGGCCAUACAGCAAGAGUACUCUGCCCAGGGCCGCCGUGUGCUUCUCCUCGCCCACAAGGCCCUCUCACGCAGCUGCAUCCGGUCUACAUCGCCCUUGUCCUCCGCAUUCGAGGGCGAAGUGACCCAGCAGGCAAAGUCCGGCCUCACGCUGGUCGGGCUUGUGGCCAUAGCAGACCCGCCGCGCCCUGAGAUCCCACAGGUCGUCAAGACUUUAAGAGGUGCUGGCAUUCGAAUCUUCAUGGUCACAGGCGACUUUGCGCUGACGGCGCAGGCCAUCGCGGCGGAGUGUGGGAUUAUUACUGGUCCUGCUGCGUCAGUCAGGGAUGCCUCUGCCCUCACAGCAGAAGCAAGAACCACCACCAACUCUGCCCUCCACCGCCGGAACCAGGAUAAAAACAACAAUGCGUCCUCGCCAACCUCGAUCGUCCUCACAGGUUCUGACCUCAUGGCCAUGAACGAGUCGCAGUGGGACCAGCUGGCCUACUCAUACACAGAAGUCGUCUUUGCCCGGACCACACCAGAGCAGAAACUGCGCAUCGUCCGCGAGCUGCAAGUUCGGGGUCUGGUCGUCGGCAUGACAGGCGAUGGCGUCAAUGAUGCGCCCGCGCUCCGGGCUGCGGACGUGGGCAUCGCUGUGGGGUCGGGCAGUGACAUCGCGGUCGAGGCUGCGGAUAUGGUCCUCCUCGAGAACUUUGGGAGUGUCGUCGAGGCUGUCAGGUUUGGGCGCAUGAUGUUUGAUAAUCUCAAGAAGACGAUUGCGUAUUUGCUGCCUGCUGGGAGUUUCUCCGAGUUCUGGCCCGUCUUUACCAAUGUGGCGUUUGGUCUGCCGCAGGUCUUGAGCAGUUUCUUGAUGAUUGUGAUCUGCUGCUUCACAGACUGCCUGGCCGCCACAGCCCUGGCCUACGAGAAACCCGAGGCGGACGUGCUCCUGCGCCCACCACGCGUCAUCGGUGUCGACAGGCUGGUCGACUGGAAGCUCAUCGUUCAUUCGUACGGCUUCAUCGGCUUCAUGGAGACGCUCGCCUCCUUCGCCAUGUCGUACUGGUAUCUCCAGCGCAGCGGAAUCCCCUUUAGUGCACUGUGGUUCGGGUUCGGAAACCUGCCCGCUGAUAUCGACGACGCGUACUACACGGACAAGCUCAACGUGGCCAGCUCUAUCUACUUUGUCAACCUGGUCGUCAUGCAGUGGUUCAACCUGCUGUCGGUACGAACAAGACGGCUGUCUUUGUUUCAGCACCCGCCGCUGUGCAACAGGGCCACGCAGAACCUGUGGCUGUUCCCUGCGGUCCUGUUCGCUCUGGUCAUGGUCUUUUUCUGGUGUUAUAUUCCUAAGCUGCAGCAGGUCCUGGGCACGGCGGCGGUGCCAGUAGAGUAUUGGUUCUUGCCGAUGGCGUAUGGACUGGGGAUCUUGUUGUUGGACGAGGGGCGUAAAUUCUGGGUGAGGAGGUGGCCUCGUGGUGUGAUAGCUCAGUGGGCGUGGUAG